UGUAGUUUCAGUCAUCAGAGGAAAAAAACAAGCUGUUUCUUCUUACUUCUCUCACAGAUGAAGGGACACCACAUCAGCGAGAGGACAGCUGCUCCACUCUUUAAACAUUUAUCAACUCGUCCGUGUUAGCUGGAAGAUUAUAGGCGUUAAGAAGAAGAGAUGUUUGUAAAGUCUCAUUUGCCUCAAUUUCAAAUGGAAUAAGGGACUUUCUGAUUGCUGCUGUGUGGAUUAUGACUGAUCACAUCGAACGAAAUGGAUAAGAGCAAGAAGACGGCAUUUCUUGCCUUUCUGAUGAUCUAUAUAAUCAAUGUGUCAGGACUGGAUAUCCCUCGGCCUGACAAACUGGUGGUGAAUAUUAUGGAUGGGGAGGUGAUAGUAAUGUGGGAUGAUCCUGUGGACCUGCCCUCAAACCCCAAAUACAAUGUACAAAUGGCAAAGUACGGCAAUAAAUGGGUCGAGGUGGAAGGCUGCACAAGGAUAUCAAGGACCUAUUGUGACCUCAGCAGCCAUAUACACGAUUAUAGCUCUGCCUACAAGGUCAGAGUUCAGCUGGUCUCAGGGGAUGAUGUGUCUGGAUGGACAGUCAAGUUGAAAUUUCUUCCAAACACAAGUGAAUUGAGUCCACCCUCCUUCACUAUGAUGGCGACCUCCAGCACUCUAAAGUUCAUUGUUCACCAGAAACCCAUUCUCAGAAAACUCUUUCCUUAUGGAGUCAUCUACACCGUCUACCUGGAGGAGACAGGAGAGGAAAAUAAGACGACAACAGCUUACCUGAAAGAUGACGUUGAGGAGGAAGAGAGGAGUACGACUUUCACUUCUCUCCACUGGGGGAAGGUGUACUGUGUCAGCAUCAAGGUCGAGGGCAGUGGAGCUCUCACCACCAGCCCUGUAACCCCUAAACAGUGUCUGCAGCUACCAGAGCAAGAAUAUUUCAUAAUUGCUGUAUCAUCCCUUUCCAUCAUGGGAGGACUAGCCUUUGUUGCCAUCAUGGCCGCACUCCUACUCUGUUACUUGAGACGUCCAGAGAAAACACCUACUGCAUUGAAACCUCCUGUUAGCCACUGGCUUCCUCUCUCGGUUGGAGAAGGAACAAUGGAGGUCGUUACAGACAAAGGAUGGUUACUGUCAAGUUAUAAAAUUGAAAAGAAAACCUGUGUCAAAGGGCCAGAGACACAUGUCAACAUAACAGAGGACAAUGACGAGGAGGAGAGAAGGACAAGCAUGGACAGUGGGGUCAGCAUGGAGUCCAACUCUCUAACAAACAGACAGGGAAGUCCUCCAUUGAGACAAGAGGACAGUGGCUGUGGGAGCUUGGGAGGACCAGAGAGCUCCACUAGCAGUCAGAAAGAUUACCCUCUGAAAGAAGAAAGGACUAAUAAAGACACUGAAAGGAACAUGGAGGACAUUUGGGUGAGAAUGGGCUGCCAGCUUGAUUCUCCUUCUUUGAAUCUGGACGGUCAGGACAGUGGGUUUCUGAAGGGGGUAGUUUCUGGAGGCGAUUAUCAAAGCCAGAGCCCCUCUAGUGUACAGAUUCAAGUCUGUGAUGAUCAAGAAGAGUUUAAACAGAAGCUUCCCGACUUGGCCGAAGUGAUCACAGGCUACAGGGCUACGCCUCAAUCCUGUAUAUGCUCAGGAGCAGGCCAGUGUACUUGGUGCCAUAAACAAGGACAUUAUGGUGCUGAAGUUAUCAAACAAUACAGAGCUGUGUGCUUUGAAAAUGAACUUUUGAGCAGCAAAAGUGAUUUUGUGGACUCUUACAACAGAGUGAAUACUUUUUCAAAUUAUCCCCAUAAUACAAAAAUGGACACCAUCAUGAUCGAUGACUUGGAAUCAACUUUUAUACAACUGAAGGAGACUUUUCCUCUGCUAACAGCACUGACACCGCUGCCCCUUGUGGAAAAAGGACAGGACUUCAAUAUGAACAAUGUGUCACUCUCUCUCUGUGACGUACAGCUGAUAACUGACUAAUACACUGUGGGAUGAAACAUUGCUAUUUAUACAUGUCUGAGUGCUACACUGCUGCAAUACACACCUAUUUUUAACUGGUAAUUGGUAAUGACACCCAAUGGGUAAUAUGAAACACAAGUGUUAUUUGAGGAGUAGAAAUUGUGUAGUAUGAAAUCUAAAGAAAUUGGGGGAAACUGUGAGCAGAGGCAUGCUGUUAUUGAGCAAAGGAAGGAAACUGAGGUUGAACCACACAGCUGCUGAGCAACAAUGGUUGGCUGAAGUCUCUGGAGCUUAAAAAGAGAUGCGGCAUAUAUAGUCAAAGAUUGUAUUCAAAUCCUAUCUUUCUGGGUAUAUUAACAUGUGACUUAAGUGCAGUUUGCCAGAAGUGAAACUGGUGUGGGGGCCAACACAGAGAAACGGUUUGACAGUUACGUGUUUUUGGAGAUUCUCUGAAUCCUCCCCGUCUUUGCCAACAAUGAAACCCCAUAUCAGCAAUCACACUUAGUUUCUGAACUAAGUUUCUGUUUUUCCCACUGUUUGAAUAUCAACACAAUGUUAAAUACUAGAAAGAGAAGUAUAGUCCUAUCAAGUGGUGUCAAACAAAGGCAGAAUUAAGAAGCAAGUGUGUCUUUUCUAAAUUUCAGUGAUGUUAAUGCCAUUCACAGAUCUUUGUAAAUGCUCAUGCAUUUGUUGUGUAUCAGCCAUGUCCUUCAGCUUCUUGCCUGUAAAGCUCAUACACUGCAUUUUUGGUGAACAAAAAUCUAUUUAUUUAUUUUUUAUAGCUGGGAAUUUACUUGACUCUGCUCUUCUAUGUGAGAUUAAAAGAAAUCGUCCCAGGGAA